UUUCUCCUCAUAGGAUAGGAAUUACUAUGUCAAUUUGUCAAACCUUAAGAUAGAGUCAUGGAAAAGUAAUGGACAUCAACAUAAACCCAGAAACCUGCAUUUUCAAAAACCAUCCCGUUUUCUUCCAUUUCUAUAAAAAUUCAUAAUACUUUUCUUCUCGUUUACUUUCCCAGAUCGAAUCUAAGUUUUCUACCUUCAUCAUUUUAAUCUCCUCUAAAUCAAGUUUUUUCUGAAGAAUAUAAUUAAUUCCAUUUUUACUUCAACUUUAAUCCAUAACCCUUAACACCAAUCUUGGAAUCUUUUUUAGGAGUAUUUUCUUCUGACUAAUCCCAUCUUUUCAUUAAUCUUUCCAAUUUAAUUGUGGGUUUUUUCAGGUGAAGUUUUUGAGGUAAAAAAAAUUCAAAAAAUGGCGGUUCCUGUUGUGAGAUUUCCGAUUUUCAUGGUGAUUAGGCUGAUUGGGUUUACUGUCGCUGCUCUUGUUUUUACUUGGACUCUUCAUUACAGAGGUGGUCUUGCUCUCAUUGCUGACAAUAAGGAUCUCAUCUUCAAUGUUCAUCCUGUUUUGAUGGUGAUUAGCCUUGUACUGUUAAAUGGAGAAGCCAUGCUAGCAUACAAAACUGUUCCAGGAACAAAAGUCUUCAAGAAGCGGGUGCAUCUUUUCCUGCAAUUUCUUGCUCUUUCUUUAGCAUUUAUUGGUGUAUGGUCGGCGUUGAAGUUCCACAAUGAUAAGGGCAUCGACAAUUUCUACAGUCUCCACUCAUGGCUUGGUCUUGCUUGCCUCUUCCUGUUUACUUUACAGUGGGCUGCUGGCUUCGCAACAUUCUGGUAUCCCGGUGGCUCAAGAAACCGCAGAUCUUUCCUGCUUCCAUGGCAUGUAUUCUUUGGUGUCUACAUUUAUGCUCUAGCAAUUGCUACAACCGUAACUGGUAUCUUAGAGAAAGCUACUUUCCUCCAAACAAACCACGUGAUAUCUCGCUAUUCCACCGAAGCCCUUCUGGUUAACUCCAUGGGUAUCUUGAUAGUAAUCCUCGGAGGAUUCGUUAUUCUGGCUCUUGUCGCCCCCUUGAAUGGCAAAGGUGAAAUCCUCCGAACUGCGGAGUAGCUUUACGCUCUCGUCAAAACGGGUUUACAUCGAAGAUGGAUUGAACAUAGAACAUUAUACAUGCCUGGGAAUUUAUUUACCAAAUUGUUAACUCUAGAUUUGACCAUGGGGUAAUAGUUUAAAGUAAAGUGUGAGAAAUUAUAAUUUCUGAAGGUUUAUUUGUAUUUCGCUGAUAUAGAUGUUGCGGACAGUGAGACUCUCAACUAAAAUUUCGAUCAAAAUGUACAGUUUGAUCAAUUGACAUUAUUCGAUCAACUGAUGUUUUAAAACUAGAAUCUUGCUAUUAAUUUCUUCCAUCCAUUUAAAAAGAAA